CUCGUCCCCUCAGAGCGCGGCUGGGCCGGCCCUCGCACAGCACCGCGGGUCCUGCGGCCUCCUCCCGAACAAAAGGGCUUAGGGACAGAACACCGUUUGGUUAAAAAGGCUUUGGAAAGCGAGGGCAGGCGGUCUCGGUUGUGAAUAUUUUCUGAUUUUUCCAGAAAUCAAGCAGAAGAUUGAGCUGCUGAUGUCAGUUAACUCUGAGAAGUCGUCCUCUUCAGAAAGGCCAGAGCCUCAACAGAAAGCUCCCUCUGCACCUCCGCCUCCGCCGCCGCCCCCACCUCCGCCCCUGCCGGAGCCCACCCCACCAGAGCCAGAGGAGGAGAUUUUAGGGUCUGACGAUGAGGAGCAAGAGGAUCCCGCAGAUUACUGUAAAGGAGGCUAUCAUCCAGUGAAAAUCGGCGACCUUUUCAAUGGCCGGUAUCAUGUCAUUAGGAAGUUAGGAUGGGGACACUUCUCUACAGUCUGGCUAUGCUGGGAUAUGCAGGGGAAAAGGUUUGUUGCAAUGAAAGUUGUAAAAAGUGCCCAGCAUUAUACAGAGACAGCCUUGGAUGAAAUAAAGUUGCUCAAAUGUGUUCGAGAAAGUGACCCUAAUGAUCCCAACAAGGACAUGGUUGUACAGCUCAUUGAUGACUUCAAAAUUUCUGGAAUGAAUGGUAUUCAUGUCUGUAUGGUCUUUGAAGUACUUGGACAUCAUCUCCUAAAAUGGAUAAUCAAAUCCAAUUAUCAAGGCCUUCCAAUCCGCUGUGUAAAAAGUAUAAUUCGUCAG